UACCGCCGGAGGAGGGAAGCAGUCAAAUUGAUACUUUGUUUUGCAGCGCCCGAUGGGCUUCAAAGUAACAAAUAAAAGAUACAGUAACUCUUCAGGUUUGAAAGUGCCAAGAUGUCAGGAAGUACAGUGGAUCUCUCUAAAUUUAACAUUGAUGCACCUCGUUGGGAUCAGACAACUUUUGUGGGCAGGCUUAAGCACUUUUUCAACAUCACAGAUCCUCGCACGGUGUUAGUAUCAAAUGCAGCCCUCGAUAAAGCCAAGGACCUGGUUGACAGUUUCAGAGCGGGGUCUGUGCCUCCAGGUACGACAGAGGAGCAGUUACACUAUGCGAAGAAACUGUACGACUCUGCAUUUCACCCAGACAGUGGAGAAAGGAUGAAUUUAAUUGGGCGAAUGUCUUUUCAGGUCCCUGGUGGAAUGGCUAUCACCGGCUUCAUGCUGCAGUUUUACAGAACAGUUCCAGCUGUGGUGUUUUGGCAGUGGGUGAACCAGUCAUUUAAUGCCUUGGUCAAUUAUACCAACAGGAAUGCAGCCUCACCAAUUACUACAAAACAAAUAGGAGUAGCGUAUUUGACGGCAACCAGCACUGCCCUAGCCACUGCAGUCGGAUUGAAUCUAUACACAAAGAAAGCUCCCCCUUUAUUGGCACGCUGGGUUCCUUUUGUUGCUGUGGCAGCUGCUAACUGUGUGAACAUUCCAAUGAUGAGACAACAGGAAAUAAUAAGUGGAAUCGCUGUGACAGAUGAAAAUGACAAUCAACUGGGAAAAUCCAGGACUGCUGCUGUAAAGGGUAUCACACAAGUAGUAAUCUCUAGAGUUACCAUGGCCGCUCCGGGAAUGAUUAUUCUCCCAAUCAUGAUGGAAUAUGUAGAGAGGUAUCCAUUCAUGCAAAGAAUCAAGUUUCUCCACGCACCAUUGCAAGUGAUGCUGGUUGGAUGCUUCUUGAUCUUUAUGGUUCCUGCUGCGUGUUCUCUUUUUCCUCAGAGGUGUUCUAUGAAAGUUUCUAAAUUGGAGCCAGAGCUAAGAGAUUCAAUAACCGCGAAAUAUGGAGACAAAGUGAAAUACGUCUAUUUCAACAAGGGGCUGUAGGCUUUAGGUGGCACUGUCCUGGGAAGAGCUAAAGACUGCUUUAGUUCUUGAACUUAUUUUGACAGAACAAAGAGUACAGAUAAGAAAAAGAAAGUUAUGGUGUACAAAACUCUUAACACUAUCAACUCCUGUUGAUAUCAUAUCACACUGAAGAGUCACUUUCGGGCAAUUUGCUCCAAUGUGUUUACCAUCUGUUAAUGUUUUUCAACAUAGUGACUUGGCACAGGGAACAAAACUCAUUUCACACGCACAGAAAUCUGAGAGACAGCAGACUGAAUUAAAUCAGAUCGUUGCAUACAUACAUAGCCACACCAUUUCUUGGAAGUCAUGUCCAAUGUGACCACUGGCAUUUUCCCAGUUGGAAGUGAAAGGAAUAUGAGAGGACAGUAAACGUUUUACACUGCUGUGA